UUAAACACACUAUUUGUCGUUGAAAUGGCCUAUUUGAAUUGAAUGACUUGUAAAAAUGUAUAAAAUAUAUAUCAUUAUGUCAUUUUGUGUGUGAUAGAUUUUAAGCGAGAAAGAGAAAGAGAGAAGGAGAGAGAGAGAGAGAGGAAUGGUGAGAGGAAGCUUUCACAAUUUUUUCUAAUCCCUCCCAGUUGAAUUGCAUGGAAUCUCGAACUUGAUGUAAGCGAAAGGGAUUAAGGAAAACAGGAAAAUAUGGAGAAGGAAUGGACUGGAGUAUUGAAGUGCAUUGAAAUCAGUGAAGUUAGAGAGAAAGAGUGAGAGAGAAAGAGAGAAGAGAUUCUUGUAAAAAUAGAGAAAGAGGGAUUACUGACGUAUGAAUAAAGUGGCGCCAUCGGGGAAUUAGAUUCCUAUAUUGCAGUCCUGCAUUAUCCGCCAUUAGUCAUCAUGUAUCCUCCACUCCUGUUAUCGUGCUGUUAUCGUGCUUUUUCUCUCACGGUCGAGCAGGAGUGAACGCGACGUGAUAGGAGUCGUCGUCACGAGGGAGUAAAACCGAAAGAGAGAAAGAAAGAAAAGGAAAGCAAGAGAAAGGGCGCACGCGCGAGAGCGAGCGAGAGAGCAAGAUAGGUAACUGGAGAAAAGCAAGAGAGAAAGAAAGAGAAAGUGAGUGAGGGAGAGGGAGAACGAGGUGUAAGAUCUGCGGAUGCGGGGUGCCUGCACCCGUGCGUGAAUCACGCUUUAGAAACGCUCUCACUCUCUUUCUCUCUCUCUCUCUCUCUCUCUCUCUCCCGUUGACCUCGAGUGUGCUCGCUACGACAUUGACCCGUGUGUCGUGUCGUCGUGUCGUCGUCAGACGCCACCACUGACGGAUAGCCAGGCCAGCAGCAGCAUCAACAGCCACCCCGAUCGAGGGAGAACUGGGGAGAACGGCGGGCUCCAAGCCAGCUAGACAUAGUUGUUAGCCUCAGUUAGCCUAAGGCUAGUGGCGUCUCUCGGCGCUGAUCGAGAAGAGCGAUACCCACGAGGAAGCCACCGAGUCGCUCCGAUCCUCGCUCCGGCCCUCUCGAUCGCCAUGACUCGUCCCGUGCGGGUUCCACAGCCGGUACCCGGUGUUCUGUGAUGAAGGCUGUUCUCGCGGCGCGGUGAGAGAACUUCCACCUGCGAUUCUCUACCUGCCGGGGUGUGCCUUCCGAGGAAUCUCGCGAUCGUUACCGGGACUGGGCAACGACGUUGUCGUUGUCGACGACAGACCCGGAGAGGAGCCUCUUCCUCGAGAAGAUAACGGUAUCGAAAGUGAAAGUCCCAACGGAACGAGGGCGCGAUUAUAUAUAAGUAUAUUUAUAUAGACGUGCACGCGUUAAUGAAACGCGGCUUCGAUUAAAGGCACAGAGACGCAGCAACGGAAGAUAGACUGGCAACAAAGAACCAGAAGCGGAUACAACAUGUCAGAUGAGGAGGACAAACCCCCUGCACCCCCUGUUCGAUUGACAUCUAACAGGGGGGAAUCAGCGCCUAAUCUACCGGUGGACAUGCGUCCACUGCCUAAGGAGCCAGAUUCUGACGAGCGUAAAAAGAAGACUCUGAAGAGUAAGAUGAAGGUGAAGGAGAAUAAGGACAAACCCAACAUCAGUUAUCCCACGAACUUCGAGCACACCGUUCACGUCGGGUUCGAUGCUGUGACCGGUGAAUUCACGCUGCCACUGAAAGGUAUGCCGGAGGCAUGGGCAAGAUUACUUAUGUCCAGCAAUAUCAGCAAGCAGGAACAGAAGAAAAACCCGCAAGCUGUAUUGGAUGUGUUAAAUUGGUAUGAUAGUAGCAGCAAAGAAGCAAAAGGCUCUAAGUAUAUGACCACAACUAAAAUGGUCGGAGUUGUUGCUCCAAUCGAAAGGGCGAGUAGUCCGCGAAGUAUGGGAAUAAAUAUCGGCACAGGAGUGGGAAAUAUUCGCGGACAGGCGAUGUCGCAGGCAUCCGGUAGUUCCCACUCUCAGCAUUCGUUAAGCAGAGUGAGUAGCAGUAGCCCAAGUAGCACGCCAACGGAUGCGUGUGCGACUAGCUCGGAGCAGGAGGACGAGCCGCCACCUCCGCCGAUCUCCGCCCGACCAGAACGCACGAAAUCGAUCUACACAAAACCUAUAGAAGAGGAACCACCGCCACCCUUGACGACUACGCUGGGCUCGCCACAACGAAAUGGCAUGCAGCAACAACAACACCAGUCGCAAUUAGAUAGAAAUAAGAAUCAAGCAACGCCGACAUCAACAACGACUGAUCAGACGCGACCGGCGCAAGGCGAUAAAGCUAGAAAGAAGAAGAUGUCAGACGAUGAGAUAUUAGAGAAACUUAGAACAAUCGUGAGCGUAGGAGAUCCUAAUAGAAAAUAUACGAAAAUGGAAAAAAUAGGACAAGGUGCCUCGGGGACAGUAUACACAGCAAUAGAAACAUCAACCGGCAUGGAAGUUGCAAUAAAACAAAUGAAUCUGUCGCAACAGCCAAAGAAAGAGCUUAUAAUAAAUGAGAUUUUAGUAAUGCGGGAGAACAAGCAUCCGAAUGUUGUAAAUUACUUGGAUAGUUAUUUAGUCGGGGAAGAACUGUGGGUAGUCAUGGAAUAUUUGCCAGGUGGCAGUUUAACGGAUGUUGUGACUGAGACUUGUAUGGACGAAGGUCAAAUUGCCGCAGUGUGCAGAGAAGUACUACAAGCGCUCGAGUUCCUUCAUUGUAAUCAGGUUAUACAUAGGGAUAUCAAAUCUGAUAAUAUUCUAUUGGGUCUUGAUGGUGGAGUAAAGUUAACGGACUUUGGCUUUUGCGCGCAAAUAUCACCGGAACAGAGCAAAAGAACGACGAUGGUUGGCACACCGUAUUGGAUGGCGCCGGAAGUAGUAACGCGAAAGCAAUAUGGACCUAAGGUUGAUAUAUGGUCAUUGGGAAUAAUGGCAAUCGAGAUGAUCGAAGGAGAACCGCCGUAUUUGAAUGAAAAUCCACUGAGAGCGUUGUAUUUGAUUGCGACAAACGGUAAACCAGAAAUCAAGGAAAAGGAUAAACUGUCGGGUAUAUUCCAAGACUUCCUGGACCAGUGUUUAGAAGUCGAGGUGGAGAAACGGUCCGCAGCUUCCGAAUUAUUAAAGCAUCCUUUUUUGAAAUUAGCGAGGCCACUAGCUUCGUUAACACCUUUGAUAAUGGCGGCGAAGGAAGCUGCCAAAGGUCAUUAAGAGACAGUGGCGUUUAGAUUGUAGAUUUAUAAGAGUGACUCCAAGAGUAUGGUUAUGCAGAGGAAAAGAAGGAAAUAAUGAAUCACCCUCCCAAAACGGAAACGGCACAAUAAUUCAAUAAUAUAUAA